UAAGGAAAUACUGGACACGGCAGUGAGCGCGCCGGUUCCGUUGACGCGGUGGUGCUCGGUCACAGGCUGGAUCUGUGAUCUCAGAGCUCUGUCCCGACCCAAAUGACGCCUGACUCCGCAAUUCCGUAGCUCCGCAACUCCGUGACUCCGUAAUUCCGUGUCCCUCUCCCGCCGGGCCCGCCCCUCGCGCUGAGUGACAGCGCCGGGGCCGCUCCCGGGCGGGGCCGGGCCGGACCCGCAGCUCCGCGGGCCCUCAGAUGCCAUGUUGCCUCAGAAGAGGGGACAGAUACCUUCCCGCAUAGCCAUGAGCAGUUCCUGGAAAGUCCUGGGAAUUUUCUUACUCUUUCUUCCACGUGCACUGUCUCUCCAGGCAGCGCAGCCCAGGGUGCUGCUGGUGUCUUUCGAUGGCUUUCGCUGGGAUUACAUCUACAGAGUGCCCACUCCCAACUUUGACUCUGCCAUGAGGAGCGGGGUGCACGUCAGGCAGGUCACGAACGUGUUCAUAACCAAGACCUACCCCAACCACUACACGCUGGUGACCGGGCUCUACGCGGAGAGCCACGGCAUCGUCGCCAACGAGAUGUACGACCCCAUCCUGAACGAAACCUUCUCCCUGAACAAAAUGAACACCCACAACUCCAAGUUCUGGGAAGAGGCCAGCCCAAUAUGGGUGACGAACCAGAGGGAAGGACACAAAUCUGGUGCUGCUAUGUGGCCUGGAACAGAUGUGAAGAUACAUGGAGUCUUGCCUACACAUUACAUGCCCUACAAUGAAUCUGUUCCCUUUGAAGAAAGGGUAGCAAAGCUCAUUGGCUGGUUUACAUCAGAAGAACCCAUAAACUUUGGUCUCCUGUACUGGGAACAGCCUGAUGAGAUGGGCCACAUUCUGGGCCCAGAAAACCCACUUAUGGGAGCGAUAAUCAGUGACAUUGACAGAAAACUGGGCUAUCUCAUUUCUGAACUGAAGAAAGCGAAGCUGUGGGAUGUGAUAAAUGUCAUAGUCACGAGUGAUCACGGAAUGUCACAGUCAUCCUCAGAAAGGCUCAUUGAGCUGGAUCAGUACGUGAGCAGAGAGCUCUAUGAAGUCAUCGACCACUCCCCCACAGUAGCCAUUCUGCCAAAAGAAGGCAAACUGGAUGAAGUAUAUAAAGCUUUGGCCAACGCUCAUCCCAACAUGACUGUAUAUAAAAAGGAGCAGAUUCCAGAUAGAUUUCAUUACAAACACAACAGUAAAAUUCAGCCCAUCUUAGCAGUGGCUGAUAAAGGAUGGGAAAUUGUACAUAACAAGACCGAUGGUUUUCUAAUUGGUAAUCAUGGAUAUGACAACGCCAUACCAGAAAUGCAUCCCAUUUUCCUGGCAGUUGGGCCUGCUUUCAGGAAGAAUGCCACCAAACAAUUCAUGAAUGCUACAGACUUGUACCCUUUACUGUGCCACCUGCUUGGCAUCAGCCCACUGCCCAACAAUGGUUCCUUCAAUGCUGUGAAGGAUAUCCUUGCUGAGGAAGUUCCUGGAGGCCGCAGAGCAGAUUCCUACUCCACUGUUGUAGGAGUCUUCCUGGGUAGCUUGCUGGUUUUUGUUUUUACUGCAGUUUUUGUUAAGCAUUUUGUCCUCGCCCAAGCAAAUUCCAUGCAAAUCCGACACACUGAAGCUGCCCAGCCAUUGCUGCAAGAUUAAUAACAGCUGGGAUUAUUUCCUGUUUGAGGCUUAAAAUAAGCCUAUACAAAGAAAAUAAACAGUGGAGGUGGAUCAGCAUGAAUAUGUGGAGUGAAAGGAGGUGGAUGCUGAUCCCUUGGUACUCUGGGGCAUGUAAAGACCAGGGAUGGAGAGAGAGCAUGUUCCUGUUUCACCCUGCAGCCACUUCAUCUUCCAGGGCUUGAAGAUAUCCUAGGUAAACCUGGGAAGCUCUGUGUGUGUAGACCUGUAGUGACAAUAGACCUCAAAUACCUUAUAAUGGCUAUUCCUAGGGAAAUAACAUCAACUGGGGUGCACUUCACAGACUAUUAAAUGAUGAUUUCAUUUCCCACCCUCUUUUUUUGUUUUAUUCUUUGAGGGAUUUUUUGAGUCUCUUUGAUUUUAACAAAUCCCUGAACAGUACUAAACUUCUUUGUUAGUAUUUUUCUUCCCUGCCCAAGGAAGCUUGUGCAUGGAUCACCAUUACAGAUAACUUGGUGGAUUAAAUCCUGCAGGAAAGAAUAUUAUUAUUCAGCUAGGUCAUGCAGGGCUAGGUGUCUAAGUUUAAAGUUACAUCUAUUUCUUCAAAUUACUAUGUUAACUGUAGCCCAAAAUACAAAUCUUAAUUGGUAUUGCCUUUAGCAACCAGCAUUAAACUGCUUGAUUCUUAAUGUUUUAAAAAUUAUCUAAGUAAAUAUAGGUUUUUACCACUUUAGCUAUGAUUUCAGGUAAAUGUAGGCCUUUACUUUUUCUAUUUCCUGUACACUGCACUAAAUUUUCUAGGAGUUCCAUGCAGCUGGCAGGAUGUACAAACACCAUAUCUGUAUAUCCAAAUGGAGUCUUUUCUAUUUCUGUGGUGCUAAAGGAGGUGAAUAAGUUAAGGAACAAGGAUGCUCAGGCUGGACAUUCUGAGUUUGACUUGUGUCUUGUGCUUUAUCUGCUCAGUCUGGGUGGGCCUUGGAAUUGGAUGAUCAGGAUUACACAUGCAGUUUAAGGGGUAGCUCUAUAAAUCUCAAGCCAUAUAUGUUCUUAAAUCUGAAAAAGCACACUUUGAUAAUAAAAAAAAUGAUGUAAAACUGGAAUUUAUUUUUCCAGAGGAAAACCUCUGUCAGGGAAAAAUAUUAAUUCUGAGUCAACAAAGGUAAAAAAAAUUCUCUUUUUUUUUUGUGUGGCAAUAAAUCUUCUUGCUAGUGUAGCUGUGGGUUUUUUGUGAGCUCACUUAAACGGUAAGUGAGAAUCUGCUGACUAAAGUUUGUACAAAAACGUGAAGUGAGAAAAGCUGCAGAUUGUCAGACUUCUCCCUGUGAGAUGAUAGUAUUUCUCUGCACUUUGUUGCUUAGUACAAUGCCUGAAGGAGAAAGAAACUUUCAAAAUUAGUGUAGAAGUAGCAGACUGGGUAUUUUUAAAUGCAAUUUAUGUCUGUAUCCACAGCCCCCAGCAGAAGGCAAGGAUGGGAACACCUCAGCUUUGGAUGUGCUCUGCUAAUCCAGGGGCGUGACUGACAGUACUGCAAAGGGAGGGCUGGGGUACACAAUUCCUUUUGCUGGGCUAAAUCCCAGACUUAGUGAAGAUCUGUUGUGUUUCUCUGCGAUGGCAGGGACAUUUGCUUAGCACCAAGCUGUCUUGCAAACAGGUGUGGACAUUUCCAGGGGCCACAUUCGGGUGCAGGGAACGCUUCAGAGGGAAGGCAAUGAAACAGCCCAGCUUAAGGGUUCUGCUGGAAGUUCAGCUGUAAUAGCAGCUUUAGGAAGGCAGGAAAAAUGCAGGUCUGUUGGAAGAUACCCUUGAUUUGGGGGAUGUGUAUGAAAUCCUGUGAACUCCAGCUGACUCAGUGCUGUUACUGUGCUGUGAACUGCCUUGUUUUCCUGCAUUGCCCUUUUCUUAAGAAAACACUGAAGGAAAAGGGCUGUAAGGCUGAUUCUUAGUGCAGCUGGCCAUUAGCUGUGUCUGAAGGUGAAUUUGUUGGAACAGGUAAAACUGAGUGCUGCAGGGGCUCCAGCUGAACCACGACACCAGUGGUGUGUUCACAGCAGUGUUCAGAGACCGGGGAAGUCUGAGCACAAACCCCAAACCUCUGGGUUGUUACUAACACCUUCCCUAUCCACUGUCCUAAAAGGGAUGGCACACUGCAAACUGAUGCACUGAGUCCACAUUUUGUUGCUUAUUUGCAGCUUAAAAAUGAAUUGUAGCACAAAUGUAUUGUGUGUUUGAAGGAAGAUCUACAGGCUUUGAUAAGGUAAUAACAAUGCCAUAACCCUCAUCUGUAGCUUCUGCACUUUGGAACAUAUUGCUUUAGUAGAAAUUCUUCUUAUUGCAGUAAUUUCAUAGCAGUGAUUGUGGCAGAUGUAAAAAUAACUGGGUUGUAAUCUCAGAGCUUUUCCUUAAACCCCACUUUAAGUGUGGCAAGAAUAGCUCUAUCAUCAGCCCAAGUGACUCUUGAUUUUAAGGAGGGGGCAAAGUUUGUCAGUGUUGAUCAGUCAUUUGGGACUUGGAUUUACUUGCCCAAAUAUGCAACAAGGAUAGAGCAGUAGGUUUUCCCCAACAAAGGGUUUGGGAACAAUAACACUCAGAAUAGGCUGGGGACGUGAAUGUGAGAAUUGUUGAUGUCAUUGUUCUGUAUUGCACUGUGAGGCCCUUCUUUGAGGAGGGCAAAAAAAAAACUUUGUAAAACUAUGAAGAGAAUCUUGUAGCAUUUGAGUAUUUCAGAUUAGGGUCAAACAUUUCCUUUAUUCUUAGGUGUAUUUGCAGGUACCUCUUGGGUAGUUCCUUGCUAGGACAUUUGCCCAACUGUUUUAAGUUACUGGGUGUGAGCUUGAUGAAAUUGAAAGCACAGAUGAUGCCUGGAGAAAAACAGUGACUUUUUCUCUGAUGUGACAUUUUGUCAGACACCUUUUUGGGUGGGAUCUGGUUUCUGUGUAUAUGAUACUUUCUAUGAUGUACAAACAAGUUUAUUGGAAAGAGAACUUGAGUACACUGUGUACUGCUUGUAACUUAAACUUGCAAACCAAGAAUGAUGCAUGAUGUGUUUCAUUACUGACCUGUGGAGCAUACAGAUGUCAAAUGUUUUCUUUGUUUCUUCUUGUUUGGAAACGCUGAAGUUAAAAUACAUCUUUGCUAUAAUGCUGUCAA